AUGGGUCUGAACAGUAGGGGAAAUCUGAAGGAAAUUAUUGAGAGAGUCGUAACUCCAUCUGUUCCGAGAGGCAGAUUGCGAUUCAAAGAACGAAGUAAACGAUUCCACUAUUUCUUUGUUAGUAAUCUCACGCAAAUUGAAAUUUCAGGAUGGAAUUCUGAAAGAGGCGUUGAAGAUUCAAUCUAUAAAUACAGAGUGGAAACGUCUGAGAGAGCGCUUCGCGAAAGAAUCGUGUGGCGCGGUGAAAGGUUUCCCGUUGGGGUUUCCGACCCUCCUGGUCUCCACCUACUUGUGGAAGAGGUGGGAUUCCUUGAUAUUAAGGUGUCAAGGCAGUCGAAGAAGGCCACAAGUGGAAGCAACCGAUGCUUUGAUCAUGACUCCUUGCUGCCAGUCCGUGCUUGCUGUCAUGCUGGCAAAAGCAGGGGUUUCGGUCAGUUUUACCUACUAUUGGAUUUGAACCAAUGA